AUGGUGCUUCAAAUACUUAUUGCACAGAAAGAGAAAGAAAAACCUGAGCUAGAAAAAGGUGCCAUUAAGGCUGUCCAAGAUCUCUAUGAUGUUGUGAGGCAUGAUGUGCUUUCAAUAAAUAUGAGGGAAAAUUACGAAACAUGGAAUCUGUUAUCAAAAGCAAGGACUGAAGGUCGUCUAUUUGCAAAGUUAAAGUGGCCCAAAGAUCGUGAAUUGAUAGAGCAGAUAAAAAGGUUGUAUUCUCUAUUGACAAUCAAAGAUUCAGCUUCCAAUGUUCCUAAGAAUCUUGAGGCCAGACGAAGGCUGGAGUUCUUCACAAAUUCUCUUUUCAUGGAUAUGCCUGCAGCAAAGCCUGUACGCGAAAUGUUAUCCUUUAGUGUGUUUACGCCAUAUUAUUCUGAGAUUGUUCUAUAUAGCAUGGCUGAACUGACGAGGAAAAAUGAAGAUGGAAUAUCAAUUUUGUUUUACCUUCAGAAAAUAUAUCCAGAUGAAUGGAAGAACUUCCUUGCACGAAUUCAUCGCAAUGAAAAUGAAUUAGAGGAAGAUUUCGAUGAGAAAGAAAUCCUUGAACUUCGAUUUUGGGCCUCUUAUCGUGGGCAAACACUUGCGAGGACUGUUCGGGGAAUGAUGUAUUACCGAAAGGCUCUUAUGCUUCAAAGCUAUUUGGAGGGAACAGCUGCAGGAGAUAUGGAAGCUGGACUUUCUGCUAAUGAUGCAUCGGAUACUCAAGGUUUUGAUUUAUCUCCUGAGGCCAGGGCAAUGGCAGAUCUGAAGUUUACUUAUGUUGUUACCUGUCAAAUAUAUGGAAAACAGAAGGAGGACCAGAAGCCUGAAGCAACAGAUAUUGCAAUGCUGAUGCAAAGAAAUGAAGCUCUUCGUGUUGCUUUCAUUGAUGUUGUUGAUGGGAGAGCACACACCGAAUACUAUUCAAAACUUGUGAAGGCUGAUAUCAAUGGAAAGGAUAAGGAAAUUUACUCCAUAAAGUUACCUGGAAAUCCUAAACUUGGUGAAGGGAAACCUGAGAAUCAAAACCAUGCAAUCGUAUUUACUCGUGGAAAUGCAGUUCAGACAAUUGACAUGAACCAGGAUAACUAUUUUGAGGAAGCCUUGAAGAUGAGAAAUCUUCUUGAAGAAUUUCAUUGUGACCAUGGUAUACGUCCGCCUACCAUUCUUGGUGUCAGGGAACAUGUGUUUACAGGAAGUGUUUCUUCUUUAGCUUCAUUCAUGUCAAAUCAAGAAACUAGCUUUGUCACUCUAGGCCAGCGUACUUUGGCAAAUCCCUUAAAGAUCCGUAUGCAUUACGGUCAUCCAGAUGUUUUUGACAGAGUUUUCCAUAUAACACGUGGUGGCAUCAGCAAGGCUUCUCGUGUUAUCAACAUCAGUGAAGACAUUUUUGCAGGUAUGACUAGUUUGUUUGAAAGAUAUAAUAAGGGCUUUGUUUAUGUGUCUAUAGGCAAUUUGUAGCCUCAAUGCAAUGCUCCUGACUUCAUAAUCUUUCUUAAGCAACUACCUGAAGAUAUUUUGAUUUAGCUAGCAAUAAGCGGACAAACACAUAGUCUGGAAGCUUCUGGCACAUCCCAUAAUCUAAUUUGGGCGUAUUUGAAGUAGUUUUUUUAUCUUAAAAGUUCAGAUAUCUGGAUAGUUGUAAUUUUAUGUGGCUUCUAUGGUCUACAUAAAUAGUUAGUGUACAAUAUGGAGUGCUCGUAAAUUCAAAAACAACUAGAAUAUCAAAAAGAACUUUUUUUUAAUUAUUAUUUAAAGUCCUCUGUUAUUUGAGAAGAAAAAUCAGGGAUUAAUUAGAGGCGGAGAAUAUGUGGGAGAAAAAAAGUACUCUCUGACCACAGAAAAAUACAGAAGUAUAAAAUUAAUAAGCAAAUAAAAAAGGAAAUAGUGGGACAUGACGGUGGAUUAGCAAGGAGUUGGACAAUGUUUUGGGUGUUCUGGAGUUUAUGGAUGGUAGCAUAAGGCAGUGGAAUUUCAGGAGACUAGGUGGUGUGGAGACACGCUCUUAAGGAGUUGCUUAGCCUAUGAAUAUGCUCUUGCCAGGGACAGAGAAGAACCAGUCUUUGAUUUGAUGGGUUUUGAUAUGCAGGUCUGAUGAUGUGGAUUUUUCGGCUCUCUACGAACCAUAAGGGUUAGGAGGUUGUGGAGUUCUUGGACUUGAUGGCCUUGUUGGCGAAUAUCAAUUUAAUAUCUCGAGGGAGGGUUAUCCUAUGUGGUUUUUAGCUAAAGACAAAAUAUUUAGUGAAAUCUUCUUAAAACAAUUUGUCGCUCUUGAAAUGAAAAGCUUCUAAGGUUCCAUAGGAAGCAAAUUUAGGAGGCAAGGCAUCCUCCGAAUUGCAUUUUUGUUUAGGAAGUAGUUUGGGGAAGAUUUCUUACCUUGGACAAUUGAGGAAGAGAGAGAAGAUUAUUAUAAAUGGAUGCCCCUUGGUCGUUGGGACUAUGAAUCCCCCAAUCAUCUCUUAUUUUAGUUCUCAGAGGCUAGUAGGUCUUGGGGUUUGACCUUUUGCCUUCUAAGUAAGUCUACGGAGUAUGAAUCCCUGGAUGCUUUUGGCUUAAUUGUAAGACAGCCAUGGGCUUGGUCAGGCUUUAUAACGUGUAAAGAGAACCGAAGAUUUCUUAAUAGCCUCCACCACUUCAUUCGCAACCUUUAUAGUGAUUGUAUUGUAGAUCGGCAAUCACUGUUCUCUGUGGCAACUCAGGAGACAAAGAUGUAGCAAGGAGAAAGUGAUGUUUCAUAUAGUCUGGCUAUUGCAUGUCCUCCAGGUUAGGUUCGCUAACCUUUCUUAAUUUGUGACAAUAUCAUCCACUGUCCAGCGAUAGCGAGCUUCUAGAGGAUUGCAAGGAUUUCUAGAUGUAUGGUUGGAUUUUUUUUUUUUUAGUGGAAGAAUUCGAAAUCUAGAUCUUCUUUUUUGAUAAGUAACAUAAAUUUUUAAGUAAAAAGU